AUGAAUCCACAACCAGCGCCACCAGGCUCAAGGGACAGCAACGUCAACCAGCCGAGUGUGCUCGAUCACCAGGAAUUCCUUUUGGAAAUGCGACUACAAGAGAUCGAACUUCAGAGCCAACAGAUUGCACUGGAGAAAGAAAAGCUCAAGGCCAAAAAGGAGCUCCAUCUGAUUAAAAUGGCACGACUCGGACUUCAUCAAAAUCGGUCGGGAUCUCAGACACGUCAACAGCCAGGACCACGUCCGACAUUUGGUUCACCAGUCUCCGCCGGAUCGUCUGGGACGAUUCCACCUCUACCGGCCGCACGUGGAAGUGCCACCCCCCAGAAGCCGCCAUCAACAGGUCGGCAGACAGUCCAUGGGGCUACCUCUCCGCCUGAAGAUUUCGGAAGUUCCUUGUUGAGACAAGGCAGGGAAAUGAACGCGCAAAAGGGCCAUUCUCCCGCAGGAUCUCGACCCGAGUCCGUAAAAGGUUCUUCGUCUGAAAAGGGCAAGGGAAAACCCAUACCACACAAUCGCACAAACGAUCCCGACAUCAUUUACGUACCAGGAACAGAAGAGGAGGAGGAUGAUGAUGAGCCGGUGACUUCGAAUCGCAAGCGAACGAGACCUGUCUCGCUCGAAACUCCAAAGACGAACAGAAGAGCUUGCUCAUUCAAGGGCAUUUAA